UUGAUCACACCUCAUUUCUAAAACUAUUGUAAAAAUGUCAUUGCUUUGUGUUCUAGCCAUAUGCAACCUUCUAUUGGACGCGUCCUUUGCGGUAGCAAGUCCCUCAGUGACUGGUGAUGGGACCUCUGAUACAGAAAUGCGUGACAUCAGACUUCUCCUUAACAAGUAUGGAUCGCAAAUAGAAUCACUACAGAGGGAGAACGCACGACUUGAAGAGAAAACCAUGACACUUGAAAAGAAAAUCAUGACACUUGAAGAGAAAGUCACGACACUUGAAGAUCAAACACCGGCAUUUGAAGAUAAAACACCGAUGUUUGAAGAACAACGUGAGCCGAAAUCUGACCUUGUGAACAACACCAAACCAGGCCCAGACAUACUCGGUAUACCAGAUGGUUUGGCAAUAUCCGACGGAAAGUCCCAAUCAAGAAAAAGAAACCCUGAUGAAGCCGUUAAGAAAGUAAACCCUCGUGUUGAUUCCACAACCGACAGCAUUAUUGCCUUCCAUGCCAUUCUCUCACAUACGGUCACUGAUCCUGCUGCAGAACAUAUCGUUACGUUUGACCACAUCAUCACCAAUAUCGGAGCCCAUUACAGCUCGAAAACCGGUGUUUUUACCUGUGUUGAGGUCGGCGUAUACCAGUUUUCAUGGAUGAUUGAGGUUGCUUCUGUUCAGUGGAUAACCACACAGCUGGUACGUAACGGUGCUGUAAUAGGGUCAGCCAUAAGUGGAGACGAUACCUAUUGGACAACGGGCGCAGCAUCAGCUAUCACAAUGCUGGCUCCCGGUGAUGAGGUCUGGGUACGGUUGGCAACGGGCCAUAGCGUUGGGGCAGACAUCACUCCAACAUAUACAAUGUUUAAUGGAUUUCUGAUCCAUUAAGUUUAAGCAAUACAAUGCUUGUUAACAUUUAGUAAUUGUCCUUUUAAUUAUAGGCUAAUGCCCGUGUCGUAUGCUGCUGUUCCUGACACUUUCAAUGGAGAUCGUAGGAUUUUGGAAUCUGCAGUUUAUUAUAAUGUAACUUUAUAAUAGGUCGACACCAUGAGGUAGAAAUGUUAUCAUAUUAAUAUUAGUUGAAUGAUAUAAUAUUAAUCAUAAAACCAAAUAAAUUUAUGAAAUAUAUUUUGAUUUAAGAUUAAAGAUGGAUGCAUGAAAUAAAUAAAUAAAUUCAGGAAAUGUAUUAGUUCGGUUAAUAAAUAACAAAAGAUAAAGUGUUGAGUGAUAUUUAAACUACGUAUAUGUGUUUUUAUCAUACGUAACGCAAAGUGGUUUAGUAGUAUGUAAUAUUAUUCAUAUAAUUAUUUAACCUGUAUGGUAACUGUGUAUUAAUAUUUCCAUGAACUCUAUU